CUCCAGUGCCAGUGUCGAACAAGUGUGGCCUUAUAAAAAGGACUGUGAAAGCAGCGGUACACAAUUAAUGAAGAGGGACUGAAUGGACUUCAGGCACAUUUGGAUGUAGAUUUCUGGCUGGAGAACCAGUUACACUGUGAGGCGACUGCAGACAGGCUUCCUCAGCUUCUCAAAGUGGCAUGUUAUGGCUGUCUAGAGUAACGCGUCAGCCACACAGAGACGACAACAUGAAGGUGACAACCCUGCUCAUCAUUUGCUCCUGUCUGAUCUUGGGGAGUCUUGGGAAGCCACAAUUCCCAGAGAGAGAGAAGGAUCCUAAAUUUUGGAAUGCGUGGGCCCAGCAGACGCUGAAGAACGCUCUGACACUGGAAAAACUCAAUAAAAACACAGCAAAGAAUCUCAUCCUCUUCCUUGGAGAUGGGAUGGGCGUUCCCACGGUGACGGCCGCUCGAAUACUGAAGGGUCAGCUGAUGGGACAGAGUGGAGAGGAGAUGCAGCUGGAGAUGGACAAAUUCCCUUUUGUAUCAUUGGCCAAGACAUACAACACUAACGCACAGGUGCCAGACAGUGCUGGCACAGCCACAGCUUACCUCUGCGGGGUCAAGGCCAACGAAGGCACCGUGGGCGUGAGCGCAGCUGCUGUCCGAUCCCAGUGUAACACUACAGAGGGCAAUGAGGUCACCUCCAUCCUCAGAUGGGCCAAGGAUGCAGGCAAGUCGGUGGGAAUAGUGACUACGACUCGUGUCAAUCAUGCAACUCCCAGCGCUGCUUACGCCCACAGUGUGGACAGAGACUGGUACUCGGACAACGAGAUGCCGGCUGAAGCCCUGCAAGCCGGCUGCAAGGAUAUCGCCAGACAGCUCUUCGAAAACAUUCCCGACAUCGAUGUGAUCAUGGGCGGAGGCAGGAAGUACAUGUUCCCCAAAAACACCUCAGAUGUCGAGUACCCCGGCGUGGCAAAGCACAGCGGCACACGGAAAGACGGGAGAAACCUGGUGGAGGAGUGGACUGACAGAAUGAAGGAUAAAAAAGGCCAUUAUGUAUGGAACAAGAAGCAGCUCUUAUCACUGAACCCUAACAACGUGGACUACUUAUUGGGUCUCUUUGAGCCUGGGGAUCUGACAUAUGACUUGGAGAGGAACACUGAGACUGAUCCUUCACUGACAGAGAUGGUGGAUGUGGCCAUCAAGAUCCUGAGGAAGAACACCCGUGGAUUUUACCUGCUUGUAGAAGGGGGGCGUAUCGACCACGGACACCAUGAGGGCAAGGCCAAGCAAGCUCUGCAUGAAGCGGUGGAAAUGGACAGGGCCAUUGGCCGCGCAGAUCUCAUGACAAGCAUCCACAAUACGCUGACCAUAGUUACUGCUGACCAUUCUCACAUGUUCAACUUCGGAGGCUACACAGCCAGAGGAAACACAAUAUUUGGUCUGGCCCCCAUGUUGAGUGAUGUCGAUCAGAAGCCCUUCACCUCCAUUUUAUAUGGGAACGGACCAGGAUACAAAAUGAUCAACGGUGCAAGGGAGAAUGUGUCCACUAUUGACUACCAGGAAAACAACUACCAGGCCCAGGCAGCUGUGCCUCUGAACAUGGAGACUCAUGGAGGAGAGGAUGUUGCUGUGUUUGCUAAAGGUCCUCUGGCUCACCUGCUUCAUGGGGUCCAUGAGCAGAACUACAUCCCCCACGUAAUGGCUUAUGCGGCCUGCAUCGGCCAGAAUAAGGAACACUGUAAGUUAAGCAGCGGGACUGCCGGUUUACGCCCCGUCCUCUCCAGCAUCGCAGCCCUUCUCACAGUCACCCGACUUCUCUGCUGACCUAUCCCUGACCAUUGUAAUCCUGUUAAUAUCCCUGUUUUAACAAGUCAAAAAUUUCAAGAUCUCAAUUUUUUGUUGUUGUUUUUUAAAUUUUUUAAUUUCACGCUACAGUAUUUUGAUCAUGGGACCACUAUUAAGGCACUGUCAUGUUAUGAUAAUUAAUGGACAAAAGCAUAAGGUUGUCAGUUUUAGUCUAUUCAGGCAAAUAUGUAAAACAUUACAAAAAUAAUCAUUCACCCCUGAUGCACUGAAGUGUAAAAUGGUGUUGCAGAGAUCUCAGUUGUGAUUUGUCUAUUUAAUAGUUUUUAUUAAGGAUUUUAGGACCUGUUAAACCUAUUUGUUAAAUGUAAACCCUUUAGGUUUGAAUUGAUAGAUUGGCAUUUCAAACAUUUGAAUAUGUUUCAUAUUUUAAAUGUGCAGUUAACAGAAUCUACCUCAUAAGCUUUCAAAAGAUCUCUCAUGUAAUUAUGGUGUCUUUACAACACAUUUCAAAGGACAAAUUUCACGCCAAAAUCAGAGGCAAUUGAAUGUAUAACAAACAAAAGAGAAGAUACAGUGGAUUUCUUGUCAUACACCUUGUGCAUACUUGCAAAAAGCUCUGAAAAAGCCCACCUGCCAAUGUUGUGUCCAAUAACAGAAGUUGUAAAAUCUCUUAACCAAUAAAGAAAAUGUGUUUGUUUUCUGAUAAUCUUAA